CUCGACUCCACCCUCCAAGCACAUGAACACAACAACAAUGCCUGGACAACAAGCAAAGCAAUGGGUUCUGUCCAAUCCUCCCCAUGCAGACCCUGUCCUUGAGGGCGACGACGCCACCUUCAAGCUCGAGAACGUCACACUCCCCGAGAUCGGCGCCGACCAGGUCCUCGUCAAGACCCUCUACCUCUCGAACGACCCCGCCCAGCGUGGAUGGAUUCAGAAGGGCAUGGACCCGGAGCGUCUCUACGUUCCGCCGGUCAAGAAGGGCGAGGUCAUGCGCUCGUACGCCAUUGGCGAGGUUGUCGAAUCGAACGUCGACAGCCUGAAGAAGGGUACAUUGGUCAGCGGUUCGCUAGGCUGGACAGACUACGCUGUCAUUAAGGCGAACGAGGUCCGUGCCGUUGCUGCUGAUGAGAAGGCUGGCAUUCGCGUCACGAAUUACAUUGGGUCGCUCGGAGGACCCGGUCUCACAGCCUACUACGGCAUCACCGAUAUCGCACGCGCAACCAAGGACGAUGUAGUCGUCGUUUCUGGCGCUGCUGGCGCUACCGGUAGUAUGGUUGUUCAGAUCGCGAAGCACCUAAUCGGCUGCAAGAAGGUCAUUGGUAUUGCCGGUGGGGACAAGAAGUGCAAGUGGGUUGAAUCGCUCGGCGCCGAUGUGUGUGUGGAUUACAAGGCUGCUUCGUUCAAGGAGGACCUCAAGAAGGCCACCGAGGGCUUCGUAGAUGUCUACUUCGACAACGUCGGCGGCAAGAUCCUUGACCUUAUGCUCUCGCGCAUCAAGCGUUUCGGACGUGUUGCUGCCUGCGGCGCCAUCUCGGCAUACAACGACCCCAGCGUUGGUAUCAAGAACUGGUUUGAGAUCAUCGCCAACAGGAUCGAGGUCAAGGGCUUCAUCGUAAUCGAUGCAAUGACCUCAGGCAAGGCUGGAAACAUGCUCGGAGCUAUCACUCAGGCCAUCAAGGAUGGAAAGAUCAGGAUCGACCCGGAGAGCGAGACCGUUGUACCUACCAAGUUCGAGGAUGUGCCCAAGACAUGGACAACGCUGUUUUCGGGAGGCAACCAGGGCAAGCUGGUCACUGAGAUUAAGGUAUAAACCAAGGUCUUCUGUAUGACGAAACGAAAAUAAACAAUGACGGCACUUUGCCUUUGACAACAUUGUAGCUUUUUGGCAUGCCUAUAGUCCACGCACCAUUAGCUCCAUUGAUACCGUUACUUUUCGCAACUUUCUUCGCGGGUGCCGGCUGAGCCAGGGCCCCAACCCAGCGCGCCCUCCGCAAAGAUAUCCCGGCCAGCCUGGAGCUCAUUCUCACCCUCCAACUACAGCGUCCUUACGAUAACCUUCUCCGUCAUCGCAUCCCGAUGAUGAUAAAUAUGGCCCGUGCAUCUCCGAUAGAAAUAGCAAUGCACAU